UUCACUAGCUUUGUUGGCUGGCGUCUGGGCACUUCCUGUUACCAUUGGUCUGUUACUGCACAUGCGCAAACUCACUACCACACCGUUUUAGCGUCGAAGUUGUGCCGCUGACGCCCUCUGGUGCCGCUGCUUGGUAACGCAGUUUGGAGUCUUACCGUGAUGUCAUUAUGGCGGAGAGUGGCCGGGAACUGGCAGAUAAUAAUUUAAUCUCUAAAGUCUCCCAGCUGGCUGACAAUCAUUUAACUGUAGUCCGGAACAUCAGCACUGGAUUGGCAAUAGCGGGAGUUAUUUUGUUUGCAAGAAGUAUAAGAUUGACAACAAAAUUCACAAAUGCGAAAGACAUUCCAUCAGAGUUCAUAAAGAAGAAUGUGAAACUUCGCGGGAAAUUACUCAGCAUCACUGGAGACAGAUUAGAGGUUGAGCAUGUUCCAAUAAGUCUUCCUAUUGUUGCUUCAUUUCAAAGGAAAUGUCACUCACAAGGAACUCUGUUUAUCAGAUUUGCCGGAGUAGAAAUGACUCCAAGUGGCAAAAUUUGGUUACAGGAUCGGCUUCAACCAUCCCAGAUGUUAUGGUUUCAGCUCCUGAACAGAGAAGAUUCAGUACUUGACUGUUUUAUUCUGCUUGAUCGGUUGGGAUUCUUCAGGGACUGUUUGAACGUAGAGAUCUUAAGGCAAGGACUUGGUACAACAGUUGAUAUCCCAGGGCUUCAGCAUGAUUCUUCUCACUAUUGGAAGUUUUAUAAAAGGUUAUUGCAAGCAGAAGUAGAAGCCCAGAAGAAAGGAAAAGGUCUUUGGAAACAGGAAAGCUGGCUGAGCAUCACUUCACAUAGAUUCUUCAGUACAAUUUUUAUACAACCGGUGAAACGUCUUAUUAAGUUGAUAACAUAUUUCUGGGAAAAGAAGUAAAUCUGUAUUUAUUUGUAUAUAUGUAUAAACUACAAACUUCUGUUG